AUGCGCUCUUUUAUCUCUUUUAUGCCGCUGUUAGCCCAGUCAGCCGUAGCAGGAGUCAUCCACGCGCGAGCAAGCUCAUCUACAUCCCCAACCGAGGCGACUGUCACUGCUGCCGCGACAACUGGCAAUCCCUUCUCUGGAUACCAGCUCUACGCAAAUUCCUACUAUUCCUCCGAAGUCUAUGCCUCCGCUAUUCCCUCCAUGACAGGCUCCGCACAAGCUGCCGCAAGUUCGGCCGCAGUCGUCCCGUCAUUCUUCUGGCUCGACACAGCCGCAAAAGUACCAACCAUGGGCGACUUCCUCGCGGACAUCCAGUCCAAGAACGCCGCUGGCGCAAACCCGCCUUAUGCGGGUCAAUUCGUGGUUUACGAUUUACCGGAUCGUGACUGCGCCGCGCUGGCGAGUAAUGGCGAAUACUCGAUUGCGGAUGAUGGCGUUACGAAGUAUAAGGCGUAUAUUGAUAGUAUCAAGGCGGUUUUGACACAGUACUCGGAUGUUCAAACUAUUCUUGUUAUCGAACCGGAUAGCCUGGCAAACCUGGUUACUAACAUGAACGUCGAUAAAUGCGCAAACGCUUACGACGCAUACCUUGAGUGCGUCAACUACGCAGUAACGCAGCUGAAUCUCGCUAACGUGGCUAUGUAUAUCGAUGCCGGACACGCCGGUUGGCUAGGCUGGCCCGCCAAUCUAAGCCCAGCAGCUACACUCUUCGCACAGGUGUACAACAACGCAUCCCAACCCGCCGCACUGCGCGGUCUAGCUACCAACGUCGCAAAUUAUAACGGCUGGUCCCUGGAUACAUGUCCCUCAUAUACAUCUGGGGAUUCGAACUGCGAUGAGAAGAAAUACGUUAAUGCGAUUGCGCCCUUGCUGCAGAGUGCGGGGUGGGAUGCGCAUUUUAUUACUGAUACUGGUGAGUAUCUCGGUGUUCAUUCAUUCCAUUUCGAUGACCGCCGCAACGGCGUCCAACCCACUCAACAAAGUGCCUGGGGAGACUGGUGCAAUGUCAAGGGCACUGGUUUCGGCGUCCGACCCACGACUGACACAGGGGAUGCGCUGGAAGACGCUUUUGUUUGGGUUAAGCCUGGUGGUGAGAGUGAUGGUACUUCGGACUCGUCUUCUGCUCGCUAUGAUGCGCAUUGUGGAUAUAGUGAUGCUCUGCAGCCUGCGCCUGAGGCUGGGACUUGGUUCCAGGCUUAUUUCGAGCAGUUGGUUGAGAAUGCGAACCCUUCGUUCUGA